AGAGGGAAAAUGAGUUCCAAAAUGGCAGCGUUAGGAUGUUGGAAGAGAGUGGCCAUGUGGCAAACUCCUUGGAUGCAGGUGCGCCACAGAGGUAAAGUGAGAGUCAGGAACCCCCGGGAACCACAUUUUCCUCGAAAGCUAAUAUUGGAGGCAACCAAACCAGUAUUUCCUAAACCAUCACAACCGGAUUGGGAACGCUGUAAAGAAAUUUCUAUAACUCUGAAAGAACAACCUGUACAUCCGUAUGAGCAACUACUUGCUAAAGAGUUAAUGAAAGAAUUGAAGGAAUCAAGACUGAUUGCAUUCUUUCACAGAAACCCAAUUACUGAAGAAGAAAAAAAGAAAAUACGUAAUAUGCUUUUCAAGCAGAAUUUUCAUUUGAGGACUUAUAACAACAGCACUGUCAGACUUGCUUUGAGAGGGACACCCUAUGAAAGUAUUCUUCAUCUGAUUACAUCUCAUAAUGCUAUGGUUUUCAGUCCAGAGGAUCAUGCUGUGAAACUGUUACAACUUGACAAGAAAAUGCCUCAGUUUAUUUUACUUGGUGGAAUUAUAGACAAUCGGUUACUCAGUCGAGAAGGGUUCAGAGUUUAUAGUCAGCUUCCUUCAUUAAAAGUGAUGCAAGCACAAGUUUCUGCAACCCUUUCUAUAGCAAGUGGUGGACGCCUGUCAACCUUACUCAAUCACCACCAGAGGGCACUGUUCAGGAAUCUAGAACAGUAUUCAAAAAAAUAGAGAAAUAAACUUUUUUUUUUUCUGUGACUUCACAACAUAUUUAUUCUCUCCUUAUAAAAUUCCGGAUCCAUCUUUUGAAAACUGAGGCCCAAUAAAGGUGGAUGCCUUUCAUUUAACAAAGUUCUGAAAAUGAUGAACUAUCAAUGUAUGACAUGUUUUCAUUGAAAAAAAUGUAAUUUUUUUUCUGCUUCAUAAU